AUGAGAAGAACGAACAUGUGGUUCUUGGAGCGACUGCGGGGCUCUGGGGAGAACGGGGAGGCCUCAGACAAGGCCUCCAAGGGGCCCCUGUACAGCAACGUGCUGACCCCCGACAAGAUCCCCGACUUCUUCAUCCCCCCCAAGCUGCCCUCGGGGCCUGCGGAGGCCGAGGGCCAGGCAGAGCUGGGCCCUGCAGCGGAGCAGACCCCUGCGGCGGCGGCGACCGCUGCGCCCCGCCGCGCCCCCCGCAGCCCCCGGCUGCCCGCCAAGCUGGCGGCCGAGAGCAAGAGCCUGCUCAAGGCGGCCACCCGGCACGUCAUCCAGAUCGAGAGCGCGGAGGACUGGCCGGCCGAGGAGGAGGAGGCAGCGGCGGCGGGCGCCUCCGGCUCGCUGCCCGCGGUGCCCAAGGCCCAGACGUCCUACGGCGUGGCCACGCUGGCCGAGAGCCCGCACACGCGGCGCCGGGAGUCGCUGUUCCAUAGCGAGCACGGGGCCCUGGCGCAGGUGGGUUCCCCGGGCGCCGGGCGCCGCCGGGCCGACGGAACCCUCAUGAGCCCCGGUCGUUAUUUCAGCGGCGGAGAGAGCGACACCGGCUCCUCGGCCGAGUCGUCCCCGUUCGGGUCCCCUCUGCUAUCACGCUCCGUGUCGCUGCUGAAGGGCUUUGCGCAAGACGGCCAGGCCAAGGUCAGCCAGCUGCGGCACUCUGUCGGUGGGCGUCACGGUUCCCUGUCUGCCGACGACAGCACGCCCGACACCAGCCCCGGCGUGCGUCGGCGCCUGCACCGCCGGGCAGCAACCCCCGAUCCGGGCUCCGAGGCCGGUCCCGUGCCACCGCCGCCUCCGGCCCCGCGCGGGGAGCACACGGUGCGGCUGGGUCUGCGGGGCAGCGUGCGCCUGCUGGCCGAGUACGAGGCUGCCCAGGCUCGCCUGCGUGUGCGCCUGCUGGCCGCCGAGGGCCUCUACGACAGCGCGCUGGACGCGCGCAGCAUCAACUGCUGCGUGGGGCUGUGCCUGGUGCCCGGGAAGCUGCAAAAACAGCGCAGCACGGUCAUGAAGAACAGCCGCCACCCUGUCUUCAACGAGGACUUCUUCUUUGAUGGCCUGGGGCCGGCCAGCGUGCGCAAGCUGGCCCUCAGGGUCAAGGUGGUGAACAAGGGGGGCAGCCUCAAGCGGGACACGCUGCUGGGGGAGGAGGAACUGCCCCUGACCGCGCUGCUGCCCUGGCUGUAG